AUGGAGGUGAUGGACAGCUGCAAGUUCUCCCCGUCCGAGCUCUUCUAUGACAGCUCCUGCCUCUCCUCCCCGGAGGGCGAGUUCCCCGAGGAUUUUGAGCCCAGGGAUCUGCCUCCUUUCAGCGCCCACGAGCCCCCCGAGCCCGCCUGCUCCGAGGAAGAGGAGCAUGUCCGAGCUCCCACUGGCCACCACCAAGCUGGUCACUGCCUCAUGUGGGCUUGCAAAGCCUGCAAAAGAAAAUCCACCACAAUGGACCGAAGGAAGGCAGCCACCAUGAGGGAGAGAAGGAGGCUGAAGAAAGUGAACCAGGCUUUUGAGACCCUGAAGAGAUGCACCACUGCCAACCCCAACCAAAGACUCCCCAAAGUAGAGAUCCUGCGAAACGCCAUCAGAUACAUCGAGAGCCUCCAGGAGCUCUUGAGGGAACAGGUAGAAAACUACUAUCACCUGCCGGGACAGAGUUGCUCCGAACCGACCAGCCCCACUUCCAGCUGCUCCGACGGGAUGGCCGACUGUGGCAGCCCCGUUUGGUCGGCGAGAGGCAGCGGCUUCGACGCCGUCUACUGCGCCGAGAUGGCUCACGGGUACGCCGCCGAUCAGAGCAGCGCCCUGUCCAGCCUGGACUGCCUCUCCAGCAUCGUGGACCGUCUCUCCCCGGCGGAGGAACCAGGGCUGUCCCUCCGCGACGCCGACUCCCUCUCGCCCAGCGCCAGCAUCGACUCGGGGCGGGAGACGCCCGGGACGCCGCUGCCCCGACGGACCUACCAGGCGCUAUGAGG